UCGUUCGGUGAUGAAGUGCGUAUGUGGCAACAACUCCGCCACCCCAACGUCCUCAAAAUGUACGGCGCAUGUGAUGCAGGCCAUCACCUGCUGUUCUUCGUGUGUGAAUACGCGUGUCAGGGCUCACUUUUGGAGCAUGUCAAGUCGUCGUCAGUGGAGACACAGACGAUGUGGAAGUACCUGUACGAGGCCGCGCUAGGACUCGAGUAUCUUCACGAGCGAGGGCUUGUUCAUGGCGACUUACGAUGCAGUAACAUUUUGAUCGGCAGCGAUGGCAUGGCGAACCUAUCGAACUUUGGACUGAGUGGAUCUAUCAAGGCUUCCACUGCAGUGUCGGAUAGUAUUGUUCGGUCGAUGCGCUGGCAGGCUCCAGAGGUUGUGGAAGGAGCGCCCCCAAUGUUUGAGUCGGAUGUGUAUUCACUGGGAAUGUGUAUUCUGGAGUCUGUGACAAGAGAGGAACCAUGGGGCGAAGCGACCGAAGAGCAGACGAAGAUG